GUUUGAGGAUUUUCAUAUAAAAAGUUUCUCAAGAAGAAAAGAGAAAAGGCUUUUGCUUUUCCUGCUUGAGCUAGGAGCGCCAUCCAUUGAUGACUCUUCAACACUACCAUUACUGUUCUUCAACUUCACUCUACUCCAGGUAAGGUAACUGACUACUCUGUUGCUUUUCUUCUUCUAAUUACCCAAAUUUUAUAUGUUGAUCACUAAUACAGCCAGAAAUGAUUGGCAUGUGGCGUCUUUAAACUGUUUGUUCUUUGAGAAAAUGUGUUCAAAAUGAAAGCAAAUAUAGUGGUUGUUCUUGUGAUGACACCCUUUAACUAAUUAUUUGAAAUGAUAAAAUCAUGUUCUGGGUUUGGGUUGAGAUUUUUUAUAGUAAACACUGAAGUUGAUCGAUCACGAAAAAGGACAUAAAGACAAACAGGAUCUACGAAGAAAGGAAGAAAGGAAAGUACCACGGACAUGGACAUCAAGCUUGCUUGGCACAACGAUAUGAUUGAACAGAUAGGAAGGGAUAUAUAUUUUGAUCUUGUGAAUUUUGACAAAGUUCUUAAUUUUCAUGUUCCAAAACAAAUGCUCUUCUACCAAUUUAAGGAAAGGGUAGCCAAAGAGUUAAGCAUACCAGUGCAAUUUCAACGAUUCUGGUUGUGGGAAAACCGCAUAAAUCAAACCUACAGACCUGCUAGGCAUUUGACAUUGUUGGAAGAAAGUACACCUGUUGUAAAAUUGAGAGAGCAUUCAGACAGGACGAGCAAUAGACUAGUGCUAAGGCUUUUUCUGGAAGUAGAACUUGAUUUGGAUUUGCGGCCUAUUGCUCCUCCACAAAAGACUGAAGAGGAUAUCCUUUUAUUCUUUAAACUAUAUGACCCGUGGAAAGAAGAGCUGCGGUAUGUAGGAAGGCUUUUUGUAAAACUAGGAAGGAGUCCUGAUGGAAUAUUGAGAAAAUUAAGAAAAAUGGCUGGUUUCAAUUCUAAUGAGGAAAUUAAACUUUUUGAGGAGAUAAAGUUUGAACCUUGCAUCAUGUGUAUUCCCAUCGACAUCCAGGUCACAUUCCUUUGCAGUGAGCUUAAAGAUGGGGACAUCAUCUGCUUUCAGAAAUUGCAAGGAAUUGAGCAAUGCCACUGUCCAGAUGUUCCAUCAUUCUUUGAGUAUCUCCUCGAACACAAGGGAGGCUAUGUUAAGCCUAGUUCGCAUACUAUCAAUACAGAUGCUCUUGUAACUGAGCUCUCUCCAUCACAAAGUAUCAUCACUCAAGAGGAAUCAACUCAAGUAGACAUUUGUACUCAGGCAGUCACUCAUGUUACUUUAUUGACUAAAUCCUCACAACUGAAUGAACAGAAUGCAGUAGAAGUUAAAAUGACGUCAAUCCCAUCUACCCCCGUUAUAGUUGAUCCACAACAAGUCCAUCCUCAUCAGGAGCGAAAUGUGGUUGAAGCAGCUAGUUACUCUUCUUCUCUUGCUUCAUUUGAUGCCUUGUUUGCUGACAUUCAAAGCCUUUUAGAAGUAAAGGCUGUUGAGGCCGGUAGUUCAAGCCGCCUACAGCGCUCUAUGCUUAGCAUUGAUGAGAUCUCAAAUGCAAAUAAAAUCGUCAAACAAUGCCUCGAUAUGAAGCUUGGAAGCUUCAUCUCGUCAGGAAGAACUCGCGAAUUUAAGAAUUCAGUUUCUAUUAUGCUUACUGUCAAUUCUUUUCCUGAUAACAAAGUGGAUGAGAUAACAAAGUUUCUAGAUGAAUUCAACCAAACUUGUGAACGAUAUGUGGGAGCAGAGCAGGACACAAGAGUAGCUGAACAGAAAGUGAGCUCAAUAAUGGAGCUGAAAACCACUCUGAAACAGUUGUCUUCCAAGUUCAUACCUACUAGGAAUCGAGUUGAGGAAGUCGAUCGGGAAAUAGCAGAUAUGGAGAGACAACUAGCCGAAAGGAAGGAAGAGAAGGCACAACUUCAUAUCACUCUUGAAGAUUUGGCUGGAAAAGCAACUGCAUCAAGACAAGCAUUGAUCAAUGCUGAACUGGAUGUGAACCCAUUAUGGAUCAAAAAAGAGGAAGCGGAGAAGACGGUUGAUGACAUUGACAAGUCCUGGGAGUCUUUGAAGGAUUACUGCUUACUUCUUCAGUGAGUAUCAUCCACAUGACACGUGAAUUGUUAUACAUUGUUUUUGCACAUGUUUUGGUUAAAUUUGACUCAGUUAGUUAUGAUAACUAAUUUUGCUUGAAUUUUGACAUCAUUUACAAGUUGGAAUUCCCUUAUAUAGCUUGUUUUGAUUGUCUUUA